AUGAAGGAAGAGAAAGAAGUUCCGGCCGCCGCCGCCCCCCUCGCCGCCUCCUCCGCCCUUCCCCACAGCCAACUUGCCAGCCCGCCGCCGCCUCCUCCUCGUCCCAGGAACGGCUACGUGAAGGGCUGCGCGGCCCCGCUGCCUCGGAGCCCCCCGCCGGGCUUCCUCCGGCUCCUGCCGGCCGCUCCCCGGCGGGCCCUCUUCCUCGCUGCGGGGGCCGCGGCCGCCGCGGCGCUGCUGCUGCUGCUCUGGGGGGCGAGGCGGGAGGGGGAGGCGGCGCAGCCCGAAGCGGCCGGCCUGCCGCUGGCCGGGCUGUGCCGCAGCCUCAGCCCCCUCUUCGGCCUGGCCUGCGCCUUCUUCUUCCUCGCCGGCUACCUGGCCCGCAGCGAGGCCGGCGGCCUGGGGUGGCUCCUGGCGCUGCCCCUGUGCUGCUACUCGGGGGACUGGGUGGCGCUGCAGUGGCGGCUGCUGCCCCGCGCGGGCCGGGCGGCGGCGGAGGAGGGCGCCCCCCAGGCGCCGCCGGCGGAACUGCAGCUGCUGGCCGGACGGCUGCUGGCCGCGCUGGGAGCCGUGGCGGGGCUCACCCUCUUGCAGAGUGGCCUCAAGCUGGGCAGGAGCCUCGUGGUCCUGCUCUUCUCCAGCCUCGUGUGGUUGGUGUCGCUCACCAGCCUGGGCUCGCUGCCCCCGGCCCUUCGGCCGCUGCUCUCCGGGGUGGUCGGGGUGGCCGGCUGCCUGCUGGCGCUGCUGGGCGCCCAGCGGGGGGUCUUCUCCCCGGGCGACUCCCGGGGCCGGGGGCCGCAGCGACGCCCCCACUACUCUCACCGGAGGCCGUCCGGCGGCGCGGAGGAGAAGAUACCCGUGGUUCGGCCCAGGAGGAGAUCCAGCUGCGUGUCCUUGGGGGAGACUUCGGGCAGCUACUAUGGCAGCUGCAAAAUGUCCAGGAGACCGUCUUUGCCUUGCAUUUCCAGAGAACAGAUGAUUCUUUGGGACUGGGACUUAAAGCAGUGGUAUAAACCUCAUUAUCAGAAUGUUUGCAGUGGAACUGGAGUUGAUCUUUCUGUACUAAAUGAAACCCGCACCAUGGUGUCUGACCUCCUGAAUGAGCCAGGCCUACCCCCUCAUGUGAUUUCUUCGCUUUGGAGCAUUAAUAGCUUGAUGAGUGCUUUCUCAGGCUCAUGCAGGCAAAAAGUUAACCUGUUUACACCAUUUCCAGGCUUUUAUCCCUGUCCAGAAAUGGAGGACUCAUCUGACAAAGGAGAUUGUAAGCCGCACAAGGGACUAAAUAGCCGAAAUAGCUUACCAACUCCACAGUUAAGGCGGAGUUCAGGAGCCUCAGGCUUUCCUCUCAUUGAACAAUCAUCCACUAGAUGGGAACGCAACAAUGGCAAAAGACCACAUCAUGAAUAUAAUUCUUCAAGUCAAGGAUCCUACCCAAAUGGGCCUCUCAACACAAACCUAUUGACGAUACCAAAACAAAGAUCUUCUUCAGUGACCUUGGCUCAUAAUAUAGGCCCCCGGCGAGCUGGAGCUUCCUCAAAUUUAAGUCAUUUGAGUUCAACUACUAAUGGAUUUAUCUCAAGUGGGCUCCACCAGUCACCUGUAGAAUUCCCUGAUACUGCAGAUUUCCUUACUAAGCCAAGUGUUACUUUACAUAAACCUCUGGGAUGCACAUUUAGUUCUUCAGAUUUUCAGCAACCGUUUAGAACAUCUUCAUGUUAUACAUGCAGUAGUUGUGGACGUCAGAUGUUCAAGCCUGUUACAGCCUCAUUAUCUGAAUCUGCUUCAGAAUAUCAAAGCAGAAAAUCAGGUGAAGAUGGAAAUAAUGAAAUUCCAGAAUGCCUUACCAACCAUAUGGAGAAACAACAGGGUAAUUGUCAAAUGGAUCAUAUUGAAAACAAGCAAUUUGAUCUGGAGGAAGACCCUCCAUUAGACCUGAUGGUAAUAGAGGACUAUGAUUCAUUAAUGGAAAAAAUGCAAAACUGGAACUUCCAAAUAUUUGAUCUUGUUCAAAAUAUGGGAGAUAAAUCUGGAAGAAUCCUUAGUCAGGUUGCAUAUGCAUUGUUUCAAGACACUGGAUUAUUUGAGAUUUUCAAAAUUCCAACUCGGCAAUUCAUGAAGUACUUUCAGGCACUAGAAAAUGGUUAUCGAGACAUUCCCUAUCACAAUCGAGUACACGCAACAGAUGUUCUUCAUGCUGUGUGGUAUCUCACAACACGACCAAUUCCUGGAUUUCAGCAAAUGCAUUCUGAUCCUACAGCAGGAAGUGACAUUGAUGCCAAUAGGCAACCCAGUCAAGUGGCCUAUGUUUCCUCCAAGAGCUGUAUUAUUGUUGAUGAAAACUAUGGAUGCCUAGCCUCAAAUAUUCCACCUUUAGAAUUAAUGGCUCUGUAUGUAGCAGCCGCUAUGCAUGAUUAUGAUCAUCCUGGUCGUACAAAUGCUUUUCUGGUAGCUACAAACGCUCCUCAGGCUGUGCUGUACAACGACAGAUCCGUUCUAGAAAACCAUCAUGCUGCUUCUGCAUGGAGUCUUUUCUUAUCUCUUCCAGAGUACAACUUUCUGCCUUGUCUGGAUCAUGUACAAUUCAAACGAUUUCGAUUUUUAGUGAUUGAAGCAAUCCUUGCUACAGAUCUCAAGAAACAUUUUGACUUCCUUGCUGAAUUUAAUGCUAAGCAGGUCAAUGAUGUAAGCAAUCAUGGUAUUGAAUGGAACAAUGAAAGUGAUCGCCUAUUAGUGUGUCAGGUGUGCAUCAAACUGGCAGAUAUCAAUGGCCCAGGAAAAGCAAGAGAUUUGCACUUGAAAUGGACAGAAGGCAUUGUUAAUGAAUUUUAUGAACAGGGAGAUGAAGAAGCUAGUCUAGGGCUACCUAUUAGCCCUUUUAUGGACCGCCAUUCUCCUCAACUGGCAAAAUUGCAAGAAUCUUUUAUUACUCACAUUGUUGGUCCCUUAUGUAAUUCUUAUGAUGCGGCUGGCUUGCUCCCAGGCCAGUGGAUUGACGAAAAAGAAGAUAACAUGGAAAACUCUGAAGAUUAUGAUGUAGAAGAAUUCGAUAGUGAAUAUGAUGAAAUGGAAGAUCUUGGCACAAAACCACAAAGGAAAAACAGACAGAGAAUAUUUUGUCAGCUAAUGUACCAUUUGAAUGAAAAUCACAAAGUAUGGAAGAAAAUGGUUGAAGAAGAACUAAAUAAAUCUGAAGAGAGCAAACAGUCAGAUAACACAUCCUUAUGUAAUAAAGAUGAAAUUCAAGUUAUCGAGGAAGCAGAUGAAGAAGAGGAGCGACAUCAAGAAGAAAAAACAGUCUGAGAUCUUUUCAGAAUAGUACACAGUCUGGCUCCAG